AUUCACAAUAACAGCUUAAACUUCUUAAAUACUGCACAGAACCUUCUCAACAUAUAUUUAGUCUUUUGGUGUUUAAAUGAAUCAAUGUCCCAUCUAACUCUAUCUGUUUGGGAGAUAUGAGACGUUUAAUUUUCUGCAAUCUGAUUGGUCGGCAAAGAGUUAUAAUAAAAAUCUGAACUUAAAGUCCUCAUAGUUUUACCGUGAUUCAUUUGCUUACAGACUAAAGAGUUAUAGCUAAGUUUUUCAAGCUGAUGCGUUGGAAAUCACUCGUAAUAUUGAGACAUGUCAAUCAGCCAAGCUGACGCUGAUGAGGAAUGUCUAGUUUAUCCUGCGAUAACUAAAAAUUAUUCAGAAGUAAAAAAUACUGAUGGAUUAUCCGUGGAAUUAAACAAUACACCACUUAACCCAAGCUCUGUUCCUCGACCUCUACGUUCCACCUUAAAAAAUAAAUCAAAAUUCGAUUCCGACAAAUUUAUACAAACUGAUUUUAAUAACUCAGAAAGAAUUAAAAUCUCCACUGUAAAUACUAGUGGACAAAAAAUCUUUGACAGCUCAAUACACACGAUACAUAAAUUAGACUUUAUGGAGAAAAACGGUACUAUGAAAAGUCAACAAACAACACUUAAAAAUGACGUGGAAAUAUGUGACUCUGAUCAAACUACUCCAUGUGGAUCUAAAGAACAUUUAAAGAGGCCUUCUAUACAACAAUUAAGAAAGUACUCAGUCGUGGAUCCAAAUACUCUCAAAUUUAUAGAAGGUUAG